UUCCAAAAGGUGAUUGACCGAACCCCGAUGUGUCCAAUGAGGAAAGUGUUUUCGGUUGAGUGCGAGGAGUUCGGGAUUUGAUUGGGGAAGGACUUCCUUCGUAGUUGCUGUUGGAUGGAAGCUGCGUAAGUGACACGUAACUAAAAUUGAAAGUGUUUGUAGGCCUCGUAUAUAUCGGGAUUUUCUAUUAUACAGGGAUGGACAAAAUCUGAACGCGUUGCAAUGGGAAUCUGUUACAUCCGGUCUGGUUUUGUUUCCGAAUAGAGUGAGCAUUGCUUCAACAUUAAUAAGCACAAUGACAAAUUCUGCUUCUCAUGAAAUAUCGGAGAGAGUUUUCUGUGUGUAGUGUUGGAAAAGUUUUUAAAAAAUAAAUUAAACGGAUUCCUUCGUGGAUGUGGCUACGCCGUUUUGUGGGCCAAAAUGAAUCCAACAUAUUCACUAAACUUGCCUCAUCUUUAAAGUGUUUCUGGUUCCCUCUGUUUAAUAAUGCUUGGGGACGACUGAGGUGAGAAGGGGCUUGAGGUAGUUAAUAGUAGAAAGUUUUAGGCGAAGUUUGCACACAAGUGACCCGACGAUCGCGGCGGGGAGAGGAGCGAUUCAAUCAUGGGGAACGGAGUGUGUUCUCGGAGGCAGCGGAGAAUCUUCCAGUCUCUCCUUCUCAUCACGGUGCUUUUCGGAAUGAUUUAUGGCGGGAUGAUAUCGUAUGAGAUGCACAAUCAGUUGAAGAGGACUGAGGCGAUGGCUGUCAAGUACCAGCAACAUCAAGAGUCGCUCUCGGCGCAGCUUCAAGUGGUGUAUGAGCAUCGCUCGCGUCUAGAGAAGUCUCUGCAGAAGGAACGUAUGGAGCACAAGAAGGCCAAAGAGGAUUAUCUGGUGUAUAAACUUGAAGCCCAACAGUCACUGAACACGGAGAAGCAGGACUCCAGCAAUAAAUUCAACUCUUUACAUGGACAGCACCAGAUGCUGAAGAAGCAGCAUGAGGACCUAAAGAAGCAGCACGAUGAGCUGCAGGAGCAGCAUCAGAUUCAGGGAGAGGACCACGGCAAGGCCUUGGACGAACAUAAGGACCGCUUCGACAAACUACAGCAGACCAAAGAGAUGGAAGUCUCCAAACUCAAAGAGAAUGUGUAUAAUCUGCGAGAGGAGAAUAAGCAGCUGAGGAAAGCUCACCAGGACAUCCGAGUCCAGUUGCAGGAUGCACGGAUAGUACAUAAGGACUUGAAGGCUGCCCAUGAUCAGCUUGCACUGACGCUAGAGGACCACAAGAGUGCGCUGGUUGCAGCUCAG